AUUUACUUUCUGGGUAACAAAAAGAUUUUUCAUCUCUCCCUAAGUAAUCUAUUUCCAGUUCAAUCUCUCUCUCUCUUUUGUGUCUCUUUUUUAAAUUCACCUCUUUCCCAUUCUCACUUCUUUCUCAAUCAAGCCUCCGUCUCAAACGAGUCGAACAAUUACUGGAUCUGUUUCUUACAUUCAGUUUAGGACCAAACUAUUCAUUACCUGCUGCAUGUCUUAAGCAAGAGGUCAAAACAGAGAUCCAAAGAACGAAAUUUGAGUUAUUGAUUGGGCUUCAAAGACGACAAACGGAGAAGAGAUAGUUGAGAGGAUGGGCAUUUCUCCUGAGAGGUAUCAGGUAGUCAUAAGGGCCUCAACACCUGCUCUAUACUUAAGUUAGGGACUGCUGGUGGAGCUUCGGUUGGUGUUGGUGAAGCUACGAGUUCUAGUGGUGGAGCUUUUUUGGUUAAUGAGGAAACGUUUGGUUAGGGAGAAAAUAAAUAUGGAAUGUCAAGUGGAAUUGUGUUCAUCCGAGACUUUUGCAUAUAUGGAGUUAGCACUAGAACAGGCAAGGCAUGCCUUGGACAGUCUUGAAGUGCCUGUGGGCUGUGUGAUUGUAGAAGAUGGGAAAGUCAUUGCAUCUGGAAGAAAUCGAACCACAGAAACAAGAAAUGCAACAAGGCAUGCAGAGAUGGAAGCGAUAGAUGUUCUUCUUGAGCAGUGGCAAAAAGGUGGACUUUCAGUGUCAGAAGUUGCUGAAAAAUUUUCCAAAUGCGUUCUCUAUGUUACAUGUGAACCAUGUAUAAUGUGUGCUGCAGCUUUAUCCAUCCUUGGCAUAGAGGAAGUAUAUUAUGGCUGUGCAAAUGAUAAAUUUGGAGGCUGUGGAUCAAUAUUGCCAUUGCAUUCGAGCAGCACUCAAUCACUUACUAGUGGCGUAGUCGCGCAAGGGAAGGGUUUCAAAUGUACUGGAGGAAUAAUGGCAUCUGAAGCAGUUUCUCUUUUACGAUGUUUCUAUGAACAAGGGAAUCCUAAUGCUCCAAAGCCUCACAGGCCAGUGAAUCUCCAGCCAGCACAUCACUGAAAUAUUUGACACUUCCAGAUUUAGGGUUUGGAACGAUCAAGAAUCUUUGGUGUAAGUGUCUACUACGAAUUUGAAAAAAUUUGGCAAAGGUUUAGGAGAUUAAUCUUUUACUUAUUUACUUGAAUAUAGUUUUUGCACAUUGGACUCUUAGCAUAAUUUUAUUUCCGACAUACACUGAACAGUCUUGAGUUAGAAUUUAAUUCAAAUAAUUAAAUAAUAGUAUUCAUAUA